GAAGAGACUUUUAUUUUGAUCUGGCGCUUUGACGCUGCGCUGCGCUCCUGCAUUUGUUGUGCUUCGUCUGAAGAAAGGACAGACAGUUCAAACACAGAAAAACUCCUGAAGUGGCUUUGAUACACGUGACAGACGAAUAUAAAGAUGGCAUUUAUUAAAGUGGAGAGUGAAGACAUAAAGAUUGAAGAAACAUUCAAAGUCAAACUUGAAGAUACUGAGGAACAAACAGACCUGUUGGUGCUGAAAGAGGAGAGUCAAGAACUGAAGGAAAUGAAAUAUAAGAAUGAACAUGAUUUUAAAACUGGAGAAAAAUCUUUUAGUUGCUCACAGGCAGAAAUAACAUCAAGAAAAAUGGAUAAAAAGACGAGGAGGAGUAGUUAUUGCACCUGUCAACAGUGUGGAAAGCGUUUCAAUAGAACCGGUAUCAAAAAACACAUGAGAGUUCACACAGGAGAGAAGCCUUAUGCCUGCCAACAGUGCGGAAAGUGUUUCAGUCAAAAAGAAACUCUUAGAAACCACAUUAGAAUUCACACUGGAGAGAGGCCUUAUGUGUGCCCUCAGUGUGGAAAGAGUUUCACUCAUUUUGCAAACCUUGGAGGUCACAUGAGAGUUCACACUGGAGAGAAGCCUUUUCCCUGCCAACACUGUGGAAAGUGUUUCAGUCAAAAAGAUAACUUAAACGACCACAUGAGAGUUCACACUGGAGAGAAGCCUUUCACCUGCCAACAAUGUGGAAAAUGUUUCAACCGAAAAUCAAGCCUUAACCGGCACAUGAAAGUCCACACUGGAGAGAAGGUGUUUACAUGUGGUCACUGCAGAAAGAGUUUCAAAUAUAAAGGAGCCCUUAAUAAGCACAUGAGGUUUCACAUAUGCGACAGCACCCCUAAGCGGCCAUGCGCAAAUCACGUUAAUUUUCAGCGUUUUUUGGCGCAGAAAACAGGUCUGGGGGAAAAAGUUCCUGGUUCACUUGUUCUGGUGGAAACGAGGCAAAUGCUUUUGGGAAACGCACCGCAGAUUGGAGGUCUGGCCAAUGAUGUCACAGGAACACAGGGAUCAGACCUGAUGGUGCUGAAAGAGGAGAGUCAAGAACUGAAGGAAAUGGAAGAUAAAAAUCAAUAUAAGAAUGAACAUGAUUUUAAAACUGAAGAAAAAUCUUUUAGUUGCUCACAGGCAGAAAUAACAUCAAGAAAAAUGGAUCAAAAGACAAGAAGGAGUAGUUAUUGCACCUGCCAACAGUGCGGAAAGCGUUUCAGUAAAACAGGUUACAAAAAACACUUGAGAGUUCACAAAGGAGAAAAAAAUUAUGUAUGCCCUCAGUGUGGAAAGAGUUUCAGUCGUCCUUCAAACCUUGGAGACCACAUGACGGUUCACACUGGAGAGAAGCCUUAUACCUGCCAACACUGUGGAAAGGGUUUCAGUCAAAAAGCAAGUCUUAGAAACCACAGUAGAAUUCACACUGUAGAGAAGCCUUACGUAUGCCCUCAGUGUGGAAAGAGUUUCACUCAUCCUGCAAACCUUGCAAGCCACAUUAGUGUUCACACUGGAGAGAAGCCUUUUGACUGCCAACACUGUGGAAAGAGUUUCAGUCAAAGAGCAACUCUUAAACGACAUAUUAGUAUUCACACUGGAGAGAGACGUUACGUAUGCCCUCAGUGUGGAAAGAGUUUUACUCAUCCUGGAAACCUUGCAAGCCACAUUAGUGUUCACACUGGACUGAAGCCUUAUGCCUGCCAACAGUGUGGAAAGGGUUUCAGUCAAAAAGGAAAUCUCAACUACCACAUGGCAAUACACACUGGAGAGAGAAUUUUCACCUGCCAACAGUGUGGAAGAAGUUUCACUCAAAAAGGAACCUUUAACAAACACAUGAGAAUUCACAAUGAAGAGCUGCCUUACCCAUGUGAUCUGUGUGGAAAGAGUUUCCGUCAAAAAAAUCACUUUAACGACCACAUGAGAAUUCACACUGGGGAGAAGCCUUUCACCUGCCAACAAUGUGGAAAAUGUUUCAGCCGAAAAGGAAACCUUAGCCGGCACAUCAGCGUUCACACUUUAGAAAAGCCGUUUACAUGUGGUCACUGCGGAAAGAGUUUCAAAUAUAAAGUAUCCCUUAAUAAGCACAUGUCAUCAUUGUGGAUAUAUUCACAGACAAGAAACAUCUCAUGAAUCAUGUAAUGACACCAGAGAGAAACAAUCUUGAGGUUCACAGAAGCAACCCAGAUAAAAUGACUGAUUGGAUCACAAGUAGGCAGUCUUCGUAGCACAGUCUCUUUUGUCCACUUUUGACCACUUCUGUUCCUAUUUUGGGGUCAUGUUUUUUUUUUCCCAAAAUGUUUUCAAAGAGGAAGUGAAUUAGAAGUAUAUAAUAUUUUUGAGGUGUUUUAAAUAGCUAGCUCUAAUGCAAAGGAUGUCUAUGUGAUUGAAACAAAUGUUUUAUAAUCUAUCAUACUACAGGGCCAUUAAAUGCAUAAAUCUGAUUGGCUGAGAA